UGCCCUCCCGCCAGAGCGCAGGCGCCGGCAUUGGCGGCCCGGCCCCGCCCCGCGCCUUACCCAGGAGCCCGCGCGGCGCGCCGAGGUCAAGAUGGCGGCGAGGGCGCCUGUUGCAGGAGGUGGUCGCCUGUUAGACAGGAUUUGCAAGUGGUAUUACAAUGCGGCUGGGUUCAACAAAUAUGGGUUAAUGCGAGAUGAUACAUUGCAUGAAGAUGAAGAUGUAAAAGAGGCAUUGAAGAGACUUCCAGAGCAUCUGUACAAUGAGAGAGUAUUUCGCAUAAAGCGAGCGCUGGACUUAAGCUUGAAACAUCAGAUCCUUCCCAAAGACCAGUGGGUGAAGUAUGAAGAGGAUCACCGUUAUCUCGAACCAUAUCUAAAAGAAGUAAUCCGUGAAAGACAAGAAAGGGAAGCAUGGAACAAGAAAUAACUGUUGAACUACUUCAUGCAAAUAUCCAGAUAUUUCUGAUAUUUUAAACAUUUGGAUGUAGAAGUCCAUAGGGAGGCAGUUGUGGGCCUGAGGAAUACUGUUUCAGCUUGUUCAUUGAAUCUGUUCAUCCAACUAAAAUAAACAUGUCAAACUAUAAAAA